AUGCUUGACGAUGUUUUCAAGUGGAUGAAUAAAAGUGAUAAGUUUGAGCAAAGCAAUUCUGGCUCCGCCCAGAGUAUCAAGUCAUUGAAAAAGCAAAUCAUACAAGGUGCUGUACUUGAUAAGGACGAUGAGGAGGAGCUCAAUGACAUGAAAGAGAAGGAUGAUAUAUUGUUGGAGAAACUCAAUGCUAUUGACAAGAAACUAGAAGAGAAGCUGGUAGAGUUGGAUCAUACAUUCGGGAAGAAUGGAAAGCUUCUUGAGGAGUAG